AUGUCUGCAAUUGGCAUUACGCAGACCGAUAACCCACUGCCCUCACCGGCCUUCACCAACAAUCCCCCUGAACACACGCUGGAACACGAAACCUGGAAACAUCGUCCUCCGUACCAGAUUCAAAGCGCAGCCGAAUUCGGUCCCGUCCAAUGGCGCGCCCGCUGUCAAUGCGGCCGGGUGUCGUAUACCCUGAAACGGGACAAACCAUUGAACGCCAAGUUUUGUCACUGUCGGGGAUGCCAGGUCAUGCACGGGGCACCCUUCCAAUGGGCGGCCAUAUUUCAUAAAGAUGACUUGAACUUCGCCCAGGGGUCAAGCGGGCUGUCCUUCUAUUCGGCCUCUCACAAUUCCCAGAAGUAUGACAUGCCAACCAAAGUAUCAUGUUCAUUCUGCCAUACUUUGAUCAUGGAUGAGGGCCGCAAUGUCUGCUUGAUCUUCCCUCAAUUGAUCCAGUUUGAGGGCUCUGCGGAGGAGCAGCGAAAGCAAAUGGAAGCAUUCAAGCCGACAUGUCACAUUUUUUACGAGCAGCGUAUGAUAGAUAUUCCAGAUGGGGCUCCGAAAUGGUCUGGCAUGGAUAAAGUCAGCCAGCUCUUGGAUGAUCAUGGUAAGCCUACCACGCCAGAAUGA